AUGGCCUCCCAAAUGAGCAACGCUACCUCACAUCGGGGCUCGUGGGGCUCCGUAUCAUCUGCUUUCUCUAAUCUCGAGAUGUCUUUCUCCCACGACAGUUGCUAUGGCUCGGACGAAGUCUCGGUCACCUCGAAUGGCUGCACCCCAGCGCAGCCCAAUGUUUCCACCGCCACUACCAAGCCGUCUUUGCGCCCGUUCUUGAAAUCUAUCCUCAAAAAUCCAACCAUCGCCAUGGAAUCCGACGAAGAGUCCGAAUCGGAAUCGGGUUAUAGCUCGGAUGACAUCGGUUCCGAGUACGAUGCUCUUUCCGAUGAAUAUGAUGAAGAGGACGACGGUGACAUAUCUGACUUCUCCGUUUGGGAUUCGACAAACGGAGACGUCCCUGAGUCGCACGAGGACCACACUGAGUCGUUUGACGAUGCCUUCAUCUCCUUCGAAGAGAACUCCGUGCGGUUUGAUCCUAAGGUGCAGUACAUCGACAAUGCUGAAGUCUCGGAUGAUGAACUUUCUGAAUCCCAAAUGACUUGUCAUGAAAUGAUGAUGCUCGCUCGGGAGUCCAGCGGUACCCAGACUCUUCUGGACCAUCUCGACAAAAUGGACCUCGAUAAGGCGAGUCAACUCGAGGAUUGCCCCCGAGGGAUUCAAAAGCCCACCGAUCAUUCAGAGGAGUUUUCACGCGACGCUGUGGAUCUGGAUCGCAGUCUCUUUGUCGCUUACAUGAAUGGGAUGCGUGGAAUCGCUACGCCAAAGUACCAAACAUACCUUCGAGGUCAAGUCGAUCACAUUCGCUUGGGCAAAGACAUCGAAUUCAUGGACACCGAAGGCGCACCUACAUUGUACCUCGACUUGGUCUCCAGCCAUGUCAUCGGAACCUUCUGCAAUCUCCUUGCUGAAGACGAGCUAAAGGAGUUGAUCCCACUUUGCGUCGAAGAGUACGCCCGUGUCCACAACGAUACACGUUCGUCGCCCCAGGACUUGGCACACCAUCAAGCUCUGUUGAAGACAAUCGAAACAUUCCUGCUCGACAGACUGGCCGAUGGUCGCGUCAACAUCGAACCUGAUGAGCUCAGCUUUUUCGCCGGCGGCAUUGUACACGAACUCGGUACAAAGGCCUUGCCCGCAUUGGUCUAA